CAGACCAGUUCUGCCAGAGAAGAAGUUCUCUCGCCUAGCGGAACAACGACCGGAGUGUGCUGCUGCUGCUGGUGCUACUGACUUGAAUUUGUUUCAGCGGUGACGUUAUUAGAUAACAAUUUCAUUGCGUGUGUGGAUAACUGGAUUUGGCUUAUUGUUGCAAGUGUUGAAGUUCAAACUAGGUGGCCGGCGAGUGUUGUUCCAAGUGCUUAAGUGAAGAUGGGGUCCGAGACCCGAAUUCUCGGCGAAUGUCUACUAGCUGUAGCAUUGCUAUCAACAUUCAUUAUCGGCAUUCAGACUAUCAACGCACAGCCCCAUCGGGAUGCUGACUUAGUAUUCGACGACGCCGGCGCACUACUCUCGACCGGCGACGGUUCAGCUGCCGUGAAAAAGCGCAGCAUCUCGAGCGCCAACAAUAACAACAAAGUACUGAACGAUGACGCCAUCAAUUUUGAAAUUGAAGAUGUAGAGUACAGCGACGACACCGACGACGACGACGAAGAGGUAGAGAUGGAUAUUGGUGCUGCGUCCGCAGUCCCGGUGGCGCCUGAAGAUGAAGGCCAAAACUGGCUGGUGCGAAGUGUGCAUCGGAUCAAGCGCAACAUCGAUAACCUAUUGAGCGGCAGUGAGAAAGUGACGAAAAAACCGAAGAGGAAGAAAAACGCUAAAAAAGCGCCCAAUGGUGGUGUUAAAGUGAGAAAAACUGGGGGUAAGAAAGAUCCCCAAAGCGACGAACCAAGAAAACAAAAGCCAGCCGAGCAAAAAGAAAUCACGCUGCCGGUGCGCAAAGCUGAGUCGCCCCGAUGGAAGCGACAAUUCGAUGGAUUGAACGAUGAUGAAGACAACUUGUCUGGUUCCGGCGGCUCAGGUGAUCAUAAUGAUAUUGAUAUGCCAGUGACGCUUAUCACGACUGUCAAGGAGCCUUACGACCCGAAAUUCGCUAAUAAGGAAAGUGACCAAUUCAAGCGAGUGGCGCGGCUUUAUGCCGAAAACCUACAUAAACUUUGUUCCAUGGUGGACACGGACGCUAACUUUAUUAUCACAGUACAUAAACUCGAAAAAUAUUCCGACAAAAACUUGACGUUGAUUACGUACGAGAUUAAUUGCGAUCGACCCAUCAGUAAAUCGCUACUAAACGAACAUCUCCAUCAGGCGUUCGUUAAUGAAUUUUUCGGAUUCACGACGAAGGGCUACAGCCUCAAUAGUGGAACGCGAGGUGUAUCAGACGACGACGACGACUACGCAGAAGAACCAGACUAUGCGGAACCUCCUCGUCCAGCCCAUUCACCACCAAUGCAUUCACCUCCAAUGCAUUCACCUCCAAUGCAUUCACCUCCAAUGCAUUCACCUCCAAUGCAUUCACCGCCAAUGCAUUCACCACCAAUGCAUUCACCACCGAUGCAUUCACCACCAAUGCAUGUGUCAGUUGAGGAAGAGGAUUCUACAGAUGUGCCAAAUUCUGUCGGAGGAGAUGAUGACGAUAUGUUUAAUCCUGUGCCUGCAAAACCCUCCACCGGUCCUGAUGAUCGAUGCCGCGGGGAUGACAAGUUCCGGUGUGGCAAAACGGAUGUUUUCAUUUGCGAAGUUCAAAAGUGCGACGGCAUGCCAGAUUGCCCCAACGGCGAAGAUGAGAAUCCAGCUGAUUGUCCGAAUUGUCCUGAAGGCGAGAUAAGCUGUGAUCAAGACAACUGCAUCAGUAAGGCCCUGAUCUGCGACGGGAAACGAGAUUGCAACGAUGGAACCGAUGAGCUGGAUUGCGAAACGACAACUAUACCCUCAAGAGAUUGUGCCAACGAUGAAUACAUGUGCCGUGACAGAAGCUGUAUACCAGCGGAACAAAUGUGCGAUGGCCAUGAGGAUUGCAAAGAUGGAGAAGAUGAGAGAAAUUGCCCAGAAUGUGCAUCAAGUGCAUAUCGAUGCAACGAUGACCGUUGCAUACCGAGUAACAAUGUAUGUGACGGAAUCAGACACUGCUCAGAUGGUGAAGAUGAGGACUGUAUAACAGAAGAUAAUUGCAAUACGAACCAGUUUGCCUGCGUAACUUAUCAGCACUGUAUUGACAUUGAAAAACGCUGUGAUCGCAAGCUUGAUUGUAUGGAUGGUUCCGAUGAGAAAGGGUGCGUGCUUUGCAAAGAGGGCGAUUUCCGGUGCGAUAAUGGUCACUGCAUCCCCAGGGAACAACGCUGUGACCACUGGUACCAGUGCAGUGACGGAAGUGACGAGCGUGGCUGUAACAAUACUUGCAGUAGUUACGAAUUCACCUGCAACAAUGGCGAAUGCAUCGACAAGCGUCUUGCCUGUAAUGGAGUUCGCGAUUGUCCGGACGGAUCGGAUGAGCUUGACUGCCCAAGUCGUUGUCACGACACUUAUGAGUUUACCUGUUCCGAUGGUUCUUGCAUACCGAGCGACCGACAGUGCAAUAAUGUAGAUGAUUGUCAGGAUGGCAGCGAUGAACAAGGCUGUGAGGAUAACUCAUCAUUGAAGAAAUCAUUGGAUCAUCCCCAUCACAGUCCUCGCUCUGGAGGCUCUGCCACCCACACCUCAACCCAUCACAUCCAUCCCAGCCAGCAGCAGCCGCCAGCCUACGACAGUAAUCGCUGUGGACGGGACAGUUUCGAAUGCCACGAUGGCAUCUGCAUAGCGGGGUACAAAAAGUGCAACGGAAUUGUUGACUGUCACGACGAGUCCGACGAACUCGAUUGUCCAUACGUCGGUGAGGAGGACGAAGACAUUUGCUCCAGUGACGAAUUCUACUGCGACGGAAACUGUUUGGACAAGAAUCGCCUCUGCGAUGGCCACAGCGAUUGUUACUCCGGGGAAGAUGAGGAUAAUUGCGAACAUCUGGAUCAAUGUAGUGAUAACGAGUUCGCAUGUGAUGGCAUCUGCUUAGGUAAAGAGGCCUAUUGCAAUGGGUUUGCGGAUUGCGAUGAUGGUACGGAUGAGAAUAACUGUAUUAUAUGCCAAGCAGGAGCCUUCCAUUGCAAAAGUAGAGAAUGCAUUCCUGUUAGUAAACAUUGCGAUGGCGUUAUGGACUGUAACGAUAGAAGUGACGAGCUUGAUUGUAAUCCAAACGGCUCGCAAAACGGCUCAUGCACCAACGAUCAAUGGCAGUGUGAAAAUGGCUUUUGUAUAAAUAGCGAAUUUCGAUGCGACGGUCAUGUCGAUUGUAUAGACAGAUCAGAUGAAACAGCCUGUCCACCAACAGGAGCUGCACCACAAUGUUCCGAGGAUCAGUUCACCUGUCGGGAUGGGUCCUGUAUAGACGUCAACCGCCACUGUGAUAGGCGACACGAUUGCAGCGAUGGAAGUGACGAGAUGAACUGUGAUAUAAAUUUCCCACCGCAACCGCGGUGUCCUAAUCAGCAUGAGUGCCCGGAUGGUACAUGUAUAGAGCAUUCGCAGAUCUGUGAUGGGCAGAGGAAUUGCCGCGAUGGUUCAGAUGAAUACAACUGCCCAUGCCGGCAACAAGAGUUCACUUGCGGCGAUGGCCAGUGUAUUCCAAAAUACUUAGUCUGUAACAGACAUCCCGAUUGCCGGGAUCAAUCGGACGAACGAAACUGUACCUGUUCAAGGGCUGAAUUCCGCUGUAAAACGGGUGAAUGCAUUCCCGAGUCUCGUCGCUGUGAUCUUCGGGUAGAUUGCGCCGAUGGUUCAGAUGAACAUGGCUGCAUACCUCAAUGUAGGGAUCAUGAGUGGACCUGUAAGGACGGCCAGUGUAUUGAUUCGCGUCAACGAUGUGAUAGACGAUACGAUUGUACCGAUAGAAGUGACGAAGUAAACUGCCAGCCAGAACGGUGUAAUCGUAACAUGUUCCGAUGUGAGAAUGGUCCAUGCAUUCCGCGUGCCCUCAGGUGUAACGGAAGAGUUGACUGCCCAUACGAUACAAGCGAUGAACUCGAUUGUAUCGAUUAUCCAACAUCGUCAGAGGACAGCACUAGGCUUAACUUGAGGACUUAUCCCGAUGAGCAAAUCAUAAAAGAAAAACAAAUUAUUGAGGGACGCGAAGUUGUUUUCCAAUGCCGCGAUGAAGGACCCAUUCGGGCUAAAGUUAAAUGGACCCGGGCCAACGGAAUGCCUCUGCCUCCAGGAUCACGCGAUUUCAACGGACGUUUGGAGAUUCCAAACAUUAGGUUUGAUCAUAACGGUGAUUAUGUCUGUGAAGCUGUUGGUUAUUCAGCCAGCACUCCAGGUAGCAGGAAAACAGUAAACUUGAUUGUUGAACGAUCCUGGAGGAUCAAAUACAGAUCCAUGAGAAAUAAGUUCCUAAAAUACGGAACAGUUCCCCAUAUAGGUUUUGAGUUCUUUGGAUUAGCAUGCUCGGUAACACAAGCAACGUGCAUGAAUGGUGACUGCAUUGCUAAAACACAGAUCUGUGAUGGAAACUACGAUUGUACCGAUGGAUCGGAUGAGCAUGGAUGCAAGAUAACUGAUCGCUGUGAACCCAACGAGUUCAAAUGCCGUAACAACAAAUGCGUUUUGAAAACGUGGCGAUGCGACGGAGAAUCCGAUUGUGGAGAUGGGUCCGAUGAAGAAAAUUGUGCUACACUGGCUCCGGAUGCCGCAUGUCGGUACGAUGAGUUCCAGUGCCGAAAUGGUCAAUGUAUUCCCAAAUCCUUCCAGUGUGACUCACACCCUGACUGUUUCGAUAAGUCCGAUGAAAUUGGAUGCAUGGCACCGUCUGUUAUCCAACCUCCUCCACCUACGCUAACAAUUCCUGCUGGAGGAAUUUUGAACAUCACAUGCCGGGCCACAGGUAUUCCCGUUCCAUUAAUCGUUUGGCGUCUCAACUGGGGUCACGUACCCGACAAAUGUAACUCGCUCAGCGAUAAUGGAUUCGGCGUUUUGACCUGUAACGAUAUGCAGCUGAUCGAUGCAGGUGCUUAUUCCUGCGAAAUCAUCAAUUCUAUGGGUACACACUUUGUAUCACCUGAUACAAUCGUAGUGGUGGCUGGAAAUGAUAGCGUUUGUCGCCCUGGUCACUUCAAUAGUAAGGCUAGACGUCCGGAAGAUUGUAUCAAAUGUUUCUGCUUCGGAGUCUCGAACCAAUGCAAAAGUGCUGACCUGUUCACCUACGCUCUGCAACCACCAGUGACUUCGUUGACCAUUGUUGGUGUUGAAGGUCCAUGGACAGGACAGCGUAGGAUCUCGGAGGGAGAGUUUAGCAAUCAUGAUCUUGCAGUAACUCGACAUGGCGUACAGCUUCGUUUGGCCAAUAUUGUUCCAGGUAGGCAAAUACCGUACUAUUCCCUGCCGGGCGAGUACAAGGGAAAUCAGUUGAAAUCGUAUGGCGGAACAAUACGUUACACUGUCGAAUACGAUGGAACGGGCAGCCCAAACACUGCCCCUGACCUCAUCAUCAAGGGUAAUGGCUUCAUUCUGCUGUAUAGUCACAAUGCCCCGUUCUACCCUGAUGAGCGUAAUACAGUAACUGCAACAUUUACACCUGGAGUAUGGCGCAAGGAUGAUAAUUCCUUGGCCACACGUGAAGAAAUUAUGAUGGUUCUCGCCAAUGUUGAAAGCAUUCUUAUAAAAAUGCUGUAUGUUGAGGGAAUCGAGCGAAACAUUGAGCUUCUUGAUAUUGCUAUGGACUCGGCUGCUGCAAGGGACUUGGGAUUAGGCUCAGCGACAUUGGUCGAGGAAUGUAGAUGUCCACCUGGUUAUAAAGGUCUUUCUUGUGAAAACUGUGACGUCGGAUAUGAGCGACAAAAUAAUGGACCUUGGUUGGGCCGAUGUGUACCCAAAGCUCAAGACUGUCGCCCAGGAUAUUAUAGAGAUUCAUUCAGAGGAGAUCAGUGUUUGCCUUGCCCUUGUCCUGUUCCUGGGGAUAAAUCGAGGGCUCGAACGUGUCAAUUAGAUAACUAUAACAAUGUCGUUUGCAACUGUGAUAGAGGAUAUACUGGUGAUCGUUGUCAACAAUGUGCACCGGGCUACGUAGGAAACCCCAUGGGCGACGGAUGCUUCCCCGCACCCGUUUCAAACUGUAAUACGCAAGGUACACAGCACGUGCUACCAGAUGGAAGAUGUAUCUGCAAGGUAGGAGUUACUGGAACGUAUUGCGAUCGUUGCCAAGCUGAGCACUUCUUUAUGCACGAAAAAGGCUGCGUGGAAUGCUUCUGUAUGGGUGUUUCAAGGACUUGUACCAGUACUUCGUUGUUCAGAGACACACUACAGGCGUCAUUUAAUGACGGACAGUCUGGUUUCUCACUAAUAUCGGAUUAUACGAACCCAGAAAUUGUAGCCUCAAACUUGCCGGCUUCGAGUCGCGAAAUUGUGUACAGUAACUUUGGCACUAGCGACGACACCUUCUACUGGAGAUUGCCUGCAAAAUUCCUGGGGAACAAACUGACUUCGUACGGUGGCGUGUUGAACUAUACUUUGCGCUAUACACCGCAUUCCUCAGGAGGAGCAUCAAGGAACAACUCCCCGGAUGUUGUUCUACACAGUGGUAACAAAAUUAAACUUCAUCAUUACCGAUCGGACGGAGCGAUUUCACCAAUAGGAUCAAGUACUUAUUCUGUCCCGAUAGUGGAAGAUUUUUGGCAAAACUACGAAGAUGGUAACAAAGCCCUGCGGCCGUAUUUGCUGAUGGCUUUGGCUAAUGUUAGCGAUAUUUUCAUCAAAGCCACGUAUAACACAGUAUCGAACGAGGCUGCUCUAUCCCAAGUCAGCUUGGAUGUAGCUUCGGAACACGAUUACGGAUCAGGUACGCGAGCCUGGCCUGUGGAACAAUGUCAGUGCAUCCAAGGCCAUAUUGGUUUGUCAUGUGAGGACUGUGCCCCUGGUUAUUACAAAGGCGAUGGUGGUCUCUAUCUUGGUCUUUGUGAAAAAUGCGAAUGUAACGAACAUUCGGAUGAAUGUGAUCCUGUGACUGGCGUUUGUCUUAACUGCCGACAUAAUACAUACGGCAGUAACUGCGAAUACUGUCGACCUCCUUAUAUUGGAAACGCUACCGGGGGAACUCCAUAUGAUUGUUCGCUCGAACCUGAUACCACCAUCAAUUGCCAACACUGCGAUCCCCGUGGAUCUACUGGACGAUGCGAUCGACAAUGUGAAUGUAAACGACUUGUGGAAGGAUACCGAUGCGAUCAGUGUCGUGAAGGAUCAUUCGAUCUCAGUGCACAAAAUAUAGACGGAUGUCGAGAGUGCUUCUGCUCUGGUGUAACGAAGUCUUGUGGCACUUCGCGAUAUUUCCGUGAAGAUUUGCCAUUAUUUAUUGGGGGAGAUGAAAACGGUUUUGUGCUCACUAAUCGAGAUGGUCAAGUUUUGGUGACAGAUGGAUUUAGCACAAUACUAGAAAGGAAUGAAAUCAGCUAUAACUUCCGAGACAGAAAUUCAUACUAUUGGAGUCUUCCGGAACGACUACUUGGUAAUCAAGUUCUUUCAUAUGGUGCAAAUCUAACUAUAACGCAAUCAACCGUUGGCAGCCAGCCUAAUCCUGAUCAAGAUAUUAUUUUAAUUGGAAAUGGCAUGAAACUUUUCUGGUCCAGACCGCAUUAUGAAGAUGGCGUAUACUCAGUGCCUCUUUUGGAAGGCUAUUGGACAAAUCUUGGUUCUAGAGGACCAUACAAAGCUAGUAGAAGUGAUCUUAUGACAGUGUUGUCCAAAUUGGAUAACAUUCUAGUUCGUGCAACAGUGCGCGAUUACACGACUAGAUCGUCUAUUAGUGAUAUUGUCCUAGGUACGGCAGUAAACGUACGCACAGACAAUGGACCUGCUGACGAAGUUGAGGUUUGCCGUUGUCCUCCAGGAUACCGAGGGACAAGCUGUGAGACUUGCGAAGAAUCUCACUACAGAGACGUAUUUGACCGAUCAGCAGGUAUCACAGGAGUAUGUAAGCCAUGUCCAUGCGACAAUGCGGAUUCUUGUGAAAUCGAUAGUCGAGGAGAUGUCAUCUGUAACUGUCUGCCAGGAUUCGGCGGUCCAAACUGUGACAAUCGAGAAUCAGGCCACGACCAAGCAACAGAGGCACCGACGCCUCCAGUUAUUGAGGUCGUCGUUCAGGCUCCAACCAUCCAGAUCGUCGAAGUCGGAAGCAAGAUUCAAUUGGGAUGUACAGCACGAUACAUCGUUAAUAAACGUCCGAUCGAUGUUCGUUGGGAUAGAGUGGGAGGACGAUUGCCCGAUCGUGCCUACAUCGAAAGUGGAACGCUGAUUAUCACCAACGUACAAAUUUCCGAUAGCGGCGUCUAUGUCUGUCAAGCUGGUAGCGGAUCUGAUACCGCUUACCAACAAGUCACUGUUACAGUUGAAGCUUUCACAAAGUCUCAACGGAGAAAACUAGGAUCAUCUCCAUCGCGUAAACCAGAGGUGAGAUUGUCUUCGGAUUGGGUCGAUCAAGAAGAAUAUAGCUCUGCUGAUGUAACCUGUGUCGCGAACGGGUUCCCGACACCGAUCGUUUCUUGGGAGCGCAUGGAUAACCAUCCUUUGUCGCCUAACGUGAUUAUUGAGUACGGCCUACUGAGAUUCAAUUCAUUGAGAAGAUCAGAUCAGGGAACAUAUCGCUGUAGUGCUCGCAAUGACUUCGGCGAAUCUGACAAAAUACUACAGGUCUAUGUACGUGAGUCUAGACCGAAACCACCACCAAGGCCAGAACAUCCGUACGAAAUAGUUCAAAUAAAUCCUGAAAAUUAUCAAGGUCAGUCGGGUGAACAGAUCACACUGACUUGUGUAUGCCAACCUGCCGGACAGAUCAGGUGGUCCAAGGCCGGAGAGCCCAGCCUACCGCGGAACAGUUAUGUACAAAACGAGUUGUUGAUCAUCGAACAUGCCACAUUGGAUAACGCUGGUCGUUACGUGUGUACGGCAGUGUUCCCAAGUGGACGAGAACGAACAUCGUCUGUAGAUGUUUUGAUAUCAUCGAUGAGACCUGAUCAGGCGGCCCCCAAAGUAACACCAAUGGAUAACAAACAAACGGUCACGCAAGGUACGGAUUUCAGUAUUCCUUGUGAAGCUACCGGAAAUCCACACCCUACUAUCAAAUGGUCACUUAGUGGCAAACCAUUCGCUCCUAAUGUUCAACAAACGGGAAAUACUCUGAGAAUUCUAAAUGCCCAACCUAGCAAUGGUGGUGUGUAUAUUUGUAUGGCUGAGAACAGCGAAGGCAUGGAUCGAUCGUACAUCGUUGUCGAAAUUGACCCUACUGACAUAAAUGGACGGGAAGCACCCAUUCUUGAGUUGUAUCCAAAUGAACCACAGGUGAUUAAGGUAGGUGAAUCCACACGAUUGUCGUGUCGCGCAACAGCUGGUGUACCUUAUCCCACAUUAACGUGGGUUCGUCGAGACAGACGUCCACUUUCGUCCAGAAUUCUUCAAGACUAUCCUGGAGUUAUAACAUUACGAGAAGCUACCUUGGAAGACGCCGGGGAAUAUGAAUGCCGCGCAGAGAACACGGCCGGUUCCACAUCUCUAUCGGUGUUUAUCGAUGUUCAGCUGGCUCCGGUAAUAACGAUUUCACCCUCCGUUGAGGAAUAUAAAUUGUACGAGGGUGAUAAACUAAGCAUUCAGUGUACUGCGAGAGGAAAACCAGAACCCUCGGUAAUGAUUAAACCGCCACAAAACUAUGAAAUUAAUACUCGCCUAAUGUCUCAUUAUGAGGGCAUUGGAUCUGCUAACAUUCACAUAUUCAACGCGGAACCAAAACAUUCCGGAACAUAUGAAUGCGUAGCAACUAGUCCAGCUGGAACAGAUUCGCGAUUUAUAACGAUACAAGUUGACAAAAAACGAGGAGAUUUGGGUCCCCACGAUGACAGUCACGAUGUGCACCCUCGACCGGAAGAUCGAGACCGCGAUCCAAGACCACCCCGUCCAGACGAUAGACCAAUAUAUCCAGACAAUAAUAGGCCUCCCUAUCCUGAUCGCAAUCGACCUCCUUUCACUCGUCCUCAACAACACACUUAUAAAGCGAUCUUAGGGGAAAGAUCAGAAAUCCAUUGCAGUGAAGCCACAAGUGGUGCUCGCACCGAAUGGAGACGCGCCGAUGGCCGUCGUUUACCGUACGGAUCUAUCGUUCAUGAUGGUCAACUGAUUAUAGAAGACACUGGCCACGACGCCAGUGGUCUCUACGACUGUGUUGCACAUGACAUUGCCGAUACACCUACAACAAUUGUACAAAUUCAACUUGAAGUCGUAGAACCACCACGCAUUACUUUCAGUCCAACUAUGCCAAUUAUCGUACGAUCUGGAGAAACAGUAACCAUAACUUGCAAUGCAACAGGCGAGCAACCGAUCCGCGUGGCUUGGCACGGUGAAAACGGUCAAACUUUACCCAACACUGUUCGCGCCAGCGGACAAUAUCUACAAUUUACGCGGAUCGCACCUGAAGAUGCUGGACGUUACUACUGUUCAGCUACCAAUAGGCACGGUAACGUUACGAAAGUUGCUGAAGUUAUAGUUAACAUGAACGAUAAGAUUCCCAACAUUCCAUCACAUGGCCGAAUACAUGAAGUGUAUCGAGGUUCUUCAGUUUCGCUAGACUGCAAGCUUCCUGACAACCAUUACUACCCGGGAUUGACGUAUCACUGGAGUCGCCGCGAUCGCCCACUGCCAUACAACAUGCGAACGAACGAUCGAAUUUUACAGCUUUACAACAUCCGCGACGAAGAUGUUGGCCGCUACGAGUGUCGAAUGACUUAUCCAAACGGUUCUGAAGCCAUAGACUUUGUUGACGUGGCUAUCAAGGGUUCCGGAAGUACCAGACCGAUUUAUGUCGAGUGCACCUACACUGAUUACGUUUGCAAGGCGCCGAUUGUAAUAUUCCACACUUGCAUACCGGCAUGGAUGAUUUGCGAUGGUAAAUCGGACUGUGCCGAUCAUUCGGAUGAACGUAACUGCCGGGUGUUGGGCACAGGAACUGUCCGUUACGGUGACCGACCGGAACAACGCCGGGGGGGACCACAUCCACCGAUGUCGACGACAAGCUACGGGUCCCGAGGCGUGAAUCCCAAUCUGGCACGAGCAGCAUCCAAGUUUUUCGCUCAUCAAUCACUGCCAGUUUUAAUACUGGAACCCACAAUGUCCUACCUUCGCACCGGUGAGUCCGUGGCUGUCGAUUGUAUAUCAUCGGCAGGUGCACACGUUCCAGUCACUUGGGAACGGGUAGGCGGUCAACCUUUGCCAUACAACUUCAGGCAAGACGGAAACAGGCUCAUUAUCCAGGAUGUAACAGAGCUCGACGCCGGAAAAUAUACCUGUGUGUGCAGGACGGACGAAGGACUGCAGUACGUUUCGGACUACGAGCUCACGGUGAGCUCAGGCAAACAACCACAAGACACCCGUACAUCUAAAGUGGAAUACGCCGACCGAGGAUCCACCGUCAAACUUCAGUGCAACACCGACACCAACACAAACUCGUUCCAGUGGGCACGGGAUCGAGGAUCUUUCAAUGCGGAUCAAAAUACUACUAUUCCAAUUUUAACACUGACUGACGUUCAAGCCGCAGAUGCCGGGGUGUAUAUCUGUACGACACGCCAUAACGGUCAAUCUGUGGAUGUGCAAACGACUCUGGUUGUUAACGGGGCAAUACCAUUCUUUACCCAAUCGCCGAACAGUUAUAUGGCCUUUAAUAAAAUCAACAAUGUCUAUUCAAAGUUCAACUUUGAAAUUUCCUUCAAGCCGGAAAAACUCAAUGGUUUGAUCCUCUACAAUGGCCAACGUCGUCCCAAUGGGGAUUACAUAUCUCUAUCGUUGCGCAACGGAUUUCCACAAUUUAAAUUUGACUUCAAUGGUCAGGUACAUACCCUCCAGCCGGAAAAACCAAUCCGUAUGAGUCAGUGGCAUACCAUCAAGGUGAACCGUGUGAGGAACAAUGGAUUUAUGUUGGUUGAUGACCAAGCACCAGUUGUGUUCCCUGAAAAACUCAAGUUCCACGGUCUGAAUUUGGACGAUAAUCUAUAUAUUGGCAGCGUUCCCAAUUUUGCAAACAUACCCACAAGCGCAGUAGAAGUGAGGGAAGGCUUCGUCGGAUGUAUUAGCCGGUUGGUGGUGAACGGUAGAGAAAUUCAGCUACACGAAGAAGCAACAAUGAACGAGGCCACAACUUCUUGCGAACCGUGUGCCGAUGAGCCGUGCAAAAAUUCCGGUGUCUGUUUGGAAACACAGAACGAAAUCGGCUAUUCAUGCGUCUGUCACGAUGGCUACACUGGCAAAGAUUGCAAAGCGGAAGGAAGCAAAUGCAGCUCCACUACCUGUGGAAUAGGUCGCUGUGAAGAUACGGACACUGGUGCCGAGUGCUAUUGUCCGAUCCACAAAACUGGAGACCGAUGUCAAUACACGGAACACUACGCCGACGAUACCCUAGCUUUCAAGGACGGAAGUUAUGCUGCUUAUGAUAAGUUCCAAACCAAACGAAGUGUUAAAUUCCGUAUCAAGCCCGAUACCCUCCAAGACGGAGUGCUGCUAUAUGCAGUGGAGAACGAAAAAACCUACGGCGAUUUCUUGGCACUGGUUCUCAAGGAUGGUUAUAUCGAGCUGCGUCUCAGUGUUUCAGGAAAAAUUCCUCCAACGGUAUUGCGCUCAACGGUUCCUAUUGUGGAAAAUCGAUGGUAUGAAGUUUCAGCGGGACGCAGUCGAGGUGGUCUAGCUUACCUGCAAAUUGACGAUGAGCCUGUGAUCAAUGAACCGAAGACCGGUCGACCUACGGUUAUUGCACUGAAGUCGAAUGUUUAUGUUGGCGGAUACGAUAGGCGUGUUCUGCUAAAUCGUGCCGUUGGCGUUGAACGGGGUUUUGAAGGCUGCAUUGCGGAUUUGGAGAUCUCCGGUAACACAAUUCAUAUGAUCAACGACAUUUUGGAUUCAGCUAAUCUCUAUAACUGCGGACAUCAGACGAAUGUUGGGGGCCAUGGUGGAAGCGAUAACAAUGAAAUCGAUCCUUGCAGACCAGGUUUCGGUGGGGACAAUUGUGAUGUUGUGAUGGAUAUUUGCUUGGCCCAAAAACCAUGCGAAAAUGGUGGCCAUUGUCGUACAGAUGGAGGAGGUCUGACGUACACUUGCGAAUGUCACUCCGGCUAUCUGGGACGAAACUGUGAACACGCGUAUGGCACCAAUGUUGGAUCUCAGUUCCGUGGCAAUGGAUUCCUCGAGCUGAAUCCCAAGGCUAUAACCUCUAAUAUACCCGAUCAGUUCGAAACUCGCUUAGCUAUAUUGUUCAGCACAACCCAACGCAAUGGAAUGUUAUUAUGGUAUGGACAGAGGAAUGGGGACAACUUUGCCGGAGAUGAUUACAUUUCACUGUCAGUUAAUGAAGGUUUCCUCGAAUUUGGAAUGAGGCUAGAUGGAGAAGAGUCCACGUUGAGGAACGAAGAUGUGUUUGUGGCCGAUGGUGAACAGCAUGUCGCUGUACUAACUAGAGAAGCCAAUCGCAAUCGAUUGGAGGUAGAUAACUUAGCCGCAUAUGGCGAAACUCGACCCACCGGAAAACAAGAAAUUCAUCUUCCAGGAAAUAUUUAUAUAGGUGGUGCUCCUGAUAUUAACCGAUUUACUGGUGAUCGAUUCAACGAUAGCUUUAAUGGCUGCGUAUACGUGAUAGAGAAUCCCGAUACAGCGCAAGCAGUUCCACUUCAAAACUUUGCCAUUCGAACGGUCAACGUGGACGUUUGCGAUGAUCCUAAAUGGAUCAUUCCAUCUUUGAUGUAUCCUGAUAUUGACGACACUGAAGAAAGUUUCGGUCCUCUCGAGUUUGAUAAAAUAGAGGAACCGCCACCCGUUCAUAUAAUUUAUCCCAGGCCUUAUAACAAAGCCAAGAGGGAAUCGUUCGUUGGCUUAAGCGUGUGGCUUCCUUGUCUGUUAGCCAGUGUUUUAACUCUUAUGACUCAAACAUUGUUAUGAUGAAAUCUUUUGUACAGCAGAUUCUAGUUGAAGCUAUAGAUAUUAAUUCUAAACAUGAAACAUUAGAUAGAGCAAUACAACACAUGUACAUAAAUUUUGUUACAAGAAAUCUAAACGAGAAAGUUUGGCGCACAUUCAACUAAAACCAAGUUGUAAGUUAUCGUCAGCAGAUGGGUACAUUUUCUUGUCUGCCUGACAAAUUUAAUCUUUCGUAUAUUUUUUUUUCGUCUAAAUCACGGGUACUUUCGGGACAAAAAAGGUUUUGAGUAUACUUUUCCAAACAAAUCUCUCCACAUCUUAUGCAAAAUUUUAGCAUCUUCAUUUACCGAUGUUCGUUUGAUUUUUACCGAAAAAAAUACCGAACAGUUUAACGAUUUACAAAUGUUAGGAUUUCGGUAAAAAAAAUUACCGAACUCGGUAAUUUUCGUUUACUGUGUAGCUACCAUACACCUAUUCGCAUAUGAGUCCCAUGUGCAUUUUUAUCGUUUUUGAGUUAUCGAUGGAAAACGCUUUCUUGUGGCCCAAUUUACCUAUGAAACAGGUUUUUGUGCAAAGUUUGUGUGGAAAAUCUCGAAAAAAAUCCUCCGUGGGUAAUUUUGACGAUCUAAUGUUUGAUCAGUGGGUGGUACUUGAAGUGGUGUUUCGAAAACAAAAUAACUAACUUUUUAGAUUCCCUUUUUUCUAUAAAUAUCCAAAACAAUAUCAAUAUCACUGUUUUCUUUUAUCACCUUGAAAAAUGUUCCUGGAAACUGUCUUCUGCUUUUUCUUGUAAUACAGCAUACUUUUGGUCGGAACUACCCACUGUAGUGAAGCAGUGUAUAGUAUGAUAAAAUUUAAGACUAAUAACACAAUAAAUAGUAAAUGAAAGAGAACCUAUUUCUGUAAAUGAGUUUUAUUUACCCCGGAAUGAAGUUAUGGGUUAAGCGUGUGUUAAGCGUGAAGUUAUGGGUUAAAUACAUAUGUGUACGUGAUAGCAUACGAUGUCGUGUACCUAUGAUAAAAUGAAAAGCUGUCAGCUCACAAACUGACGAUUUUGCAACGGUAUUAGUGUAAGCGUGAGGAAUGUAAGUAAACGUGUUAGUGGUCGUCUGUACGAGGCGGCCUCCUUUGUGCGACAGUUGCGAUCCGAAGCUCAUUCUCAAAACCAACUUCAGAGAGUAAAGUGCGGGCAUAUUUUAUCUCGAAAAAAACCUCGCGAUGAUCGAAAACAUGGCGGACUCAGAAGAGUCCAUCCACGACACCCACGUUAACAUUAAAUUAAAUUGAAGUCUAAUAAAUUUGCAGCAAUUUUACAAGAAUGAAAACAAUCUUUUUUAAAACGCAAGAAAAAACAUCCCACUCGUCUAAAAAUAACGAUUAAAAUUAGUUUCGAAUCGGGAUCUUUCGAAAACUUACUUCUAUCAUCAAAAAGAAUGGUAAACAAAUGAUAAAAUAUGUUAGGAAAGUACUUGCCACCAGCACUGAUAACUUUAGCACGAGAGACUCAUUUGCGAAUACCCUGCUUCAGGGUUAAGAAUAUUCGCACAUGAGGGUUUUAUUGUAAUUUCUCCGUAAAUACUAGUUAGUUUUUUAAAAACGAAAACACACAUAUAAGAUCUCAGUGAAACUUCAUGUUUCUUUGAAGAGAUCUAAAUUCUACUUAAGACUAAAGCGUACAUCUUUCAAGGAUAUAAUGGCUAGCAUCUUACUAAUGCUUACACCACCAACCCACAGAAAGAGUACUAUGUAAGCCGUGACCGAAUCUCGAUUUCAUGACCUCUGGCUUAGAAGUCUGAAACGCUAUCCUCUACGCCCGUCGGCGGCUGUGUUGUGUUUCAGCGCAAAAGUAAACAAAAGUAUUCUGUGAAGUGUUUUCUAUCUGAACUAUUAAUAGGUUUUACCAACAAAACAAACGAUAUAUACGAUUGUUUUCAUGAAAACAAAUUUCAAACUUUACAAGCGUUUUUCUCGGUUUGCUGUUUUUACACAUGGGACUCAUAUGCGAAUAGGGGCAGGCAGUACACUUCAGGCAACAACAGUUUAAAAACUGUCAAGAAAUUUCUUAUCAAUUCUAGCAUAGGAAAGCAUCUGAAGACUACGUAACCUACCAAGGUAUUUAAACAUCACGGUUAUGAUUAACGCCAAUAGGUAGGUAGGCAUCGUUUUUUUUCAGUACUUAGCGACCAUUUUGGGUCGCAAUGAUCCUAUAGUCUACGGAAUUGUUGUCAAGUUUCGAAAUCCGACUAUAGCAUGAGCACUUGACAGUUCCCAAAUAGGUCAUGAAUAUAUUUUUUCGGGAUUUUCCUCCCUUAGAAUGAUUCAUCCCUAUUACGGGUCAUGACGAUGUUCGUUUUGACAAACGCUUAUUUCGUCCAACUUUGUAAACUGCAUAUGAUUUUUCGGAAACUAGGGAUUGGAAUUUGAACUAAGGAAAAUCUUAGAUUCGAUUUUAUUAAAUUUACAACUUGUAAUUGUUAAUAAAGUUGUAAAUUUAAUAAUUUGCCCGGCAAAUCUAAAUCAUACUGCCUAAAACAACUCAUGCGACUGUUAUAAACGCCAAGAAGUAUGCAAUCGUACGGCUAUCUUUCUAGCCAGCUUCAUCGUUUUUUUUUUCAAUGUGCAAAUUGAUCCAACGACUCUUCCUUUUUUUGUGCAACCGAAUUUACUAUACUAGCAUCCAAAAUUUUCAGUCUUAUAGCAUAAGCAUAUGAGAUAAAACUUAUGGAAAUUAGUGCCUCAAUAUACGUUACGGAGCAUGUGUGGAAUGAACAUGGUAACCCUAGUUUCCUAAAGCCACUAACCGAUUAGUUUAAAAAAAAUCAUUUUAUUCCAAAUAAACUAUUUUCUUUCAUUA